AUGCGGGCGUUGAGGACGGUGGAGCCAGGCGAGGAGGACGCGGGCGAGGAGUGCCCCGUGUGCCUCGACGGGCUGGGGGGCGGCAGGGGGGCGGCUUCAGAUGAGGGCGCGGUUCCGCCGUCGGUGAGGGAGAUGCCGUGCAGGCAUCGGUUCCACGGCGGGUGCAUCGAAAAGUGGCUGGGGAUGCACGGAUCCUGCCCGGUGUGCAGGUACCAAAUGCCGGCGGAGGAGGGAGAGCCAAAGACCAUAGGCGACGCCGGAAGGGAGAGGACUAGGGAGCUGAUCAUUACGGUAGCAUUUGGAAGAAGGGAUGAAGGAAUCAAUGAACAAUAA